AUGCGGGAGCGGCGGCGGCGGGACUCGAACCCGCGGCACCGCGGCUUUAUGGCCGCGCGGGGCGGAAACGCGGCGCCAUUGGCUGGGCGGGCGGGGGACACGCCCCCUCUCCGCAGACACGCCCCCUCGCUUGGGGGGGUCACAUCGAUCUUUACGGGAACGCAUUUGAAACACCCCCAUUUUUUUGGGGCUGGGUCUUUGUGCUCCCCCCAUUCCGGGGCGCCCCUGGGUGCUGCCCCAGCGCGAUGGGGGGGUCCCGGGGCGGGGGGUCCCCACCUGGUGCCCCCUCCCCAGGCGGACGCCCUGCGCCGGCUGCUGCACAGCGUGCUGGAGUACUGGCAGCACGUGCUGGGCCGGGCGCUGGCGGAGCGGCACGUGCCGGACGCGGCGCGGGCGCGGCGAUCUGGGGGGGGUUCUGCACAUCUGGGGGGGGUUCUGGGCGCCUGGAGAGAUCCUGCUCACCUGGGGGGGAUCCUGCUCACCUGGGUCCCCUCGUGCUCACCUGGGGGGGAUCCUGGGGGGGAUCCUGGCCCCCCUCGUGCUCUCCUGGCCCCCUCCCUGUCCCCUGGCGCGCAGGUGGCCGCGCUGCAGGAGGACAAGGCGCUCCUGGCCGCCGAGAACCGCGCGCUGCGGCAGCGGCUGCAGGCCGGCGGCGCCCAGAAGCUGCAGCGGCUGCAGGCGCAGGUGGAGGAGCUGCAGGAGGAGAACUGCAGGGCGCAGCUGGGCCGCGCCCAGGCCGGCCGCGCGCAGCUGGAGGCGGCACGGCGGCAGGUGGCGGAGCUGAGCGGGCAGCAGGCGGAGGCGGCGCUCAGGGAGGAGCGGUGGCAGCUGGAGCUGCGGCAGCUGCGGGAGAGAUGCGAGGCGCUGAGCCGGGAGAAGGAGGUGGGGACGGCGCAGCUGGGCCGCGCCCAGGCCGGCCGCGCGCAGCUGGAGGCGGCACGGCGGCAGGUGGCGGAGCUGAGCGGGCAGCAGGCGGAGGCGGCACUCAGGGAGGAGCGGUGGCAGCUGGAGCUGCGGCAGCUGCGGGAGAGAUGCGAGGCGCUGAGCCGGGAGAAGGAGCGGCUGCAGGAGCAGCGGGACGCGCUGCGCGAGGCCAACGAGGAGCUGCGCUGUGCACAGGAGCUGCAGAGGCACCUGGGCCGGGCAGACGCGGCGCUGGAGGGGGGCGCGGCCCCUGCCCGCAAUUUGGCGGCCGAGAUCCUUCCCGCCGAGCUCAGGGACACGGUGACGCGGCUGCGGCGCGAGAACCGGCGGCUGCGGCUGCAGCGGGACCAGCUCCGGCACAGGCUGGAGGCCGCAGGGGCAGCGGAGCCUCAGACGGCGCCGGGCAGACCCCAGGAGGAGCUGGCGCUGCUAGAGGAGACCCCCGGAGAGGAGGAAGAGCUGAAGCUCUCCAAGGCUGGAUUUGGAGGUUCCACGAGGCCGGCCCCCCAGAACCCCCCCUCAGCCCCUGGGGACCCCCCCGGGCCUGCCCCCCUGGCCCCCGUGCUGCGGCUGCUCCGCAGCCAGCUGCAGGAGAAGGACGCGCUGAUCCGGCACCUGGAGAGCGACCGGGAGCGCAGCUGGGCGCAGCGGGAGCGCGAGGAGCGGCUGCUGGUCACGGCCUGGUACAACAUGGGGCUGGCGCUGCAGCGGCACGAGGCCGGCGCGGCCAUGGCGGCUCCUGACGGCGGCGGCGCCCUGUCCUUCCUGGCCCAGCAGCGCCUGGCCACCGCGGCGCGGCGGGCGCGCGCCCCGCACGGCCGGGCCCCCCCCAGCUGAGGGGGGUCCCCGCAGACCCCCGAGCCCCUCGCUCUGGGCUGGUCCCAAGGUCUCGCACCCCGCGCCUCGGAGCUCGCCCCCCGCGCCUUUCGGGGGGUUUUUAGCACUUCUAUUUUUGUAGCUGAUUUUCGGGGGGUUUUGUGCGCGUCGCCCCCAUAAGAUGUUCUAAUAAAGGAUCAGGAGUCGG